AUGUCCGUUGGGGAUUUUGGCGAUUGGGAAGAUCAAAUCUCUCCAUCUGAUAUUUCUCUCGCUGCACAAAAGACGCGGCGUAAGUCGAUUCGGCGCAGUAUGAUGGUCAUUCCUACCUCUUCAGAUCCCCCAAUCGGCUACAGUAGCCCUAAAAUUGUGGUUCGACGGAAGAGUCUUGGGGUCGCUUUAAAAGACGAUUGUGUUUCUCACAUUUCCUCCACUUUUGUCCCUCGUCAUUCAGUGUCGUCCCUUGGAGAGCAGGACCGUGAACGCGUGAAUACUCAUUUGGAGCAACCACUAAUAUUAGCUCCAUUUAGCCCUCCAGUUCCCACUGGUCCGGUGACUGCAUCCUCUCCACACUCGCAUGUGGAAGGUGCACUUUUUUCAGGUCCUUCUACUAAAUCCCCAAGUCAUCGUUCUGCUCAGCACUCCCAGUAUCAAAAAAUCCCUGUAUUAAGUGACUUGAAGCCCAUUCCAAAUUCGAUAGAUGCUUUGUUUGAAAGUUAUGAGCGAGAACUUUCCGCGUGGCCAAGAUUUUUGGAUCGACUGGAACGUGAGGCGUCAUCCCCUCUUCAGACACCCUGCAUAAAACUCGAGGAGAUGAUGGAUAACUCGAUGUUGAGUCCCUUUGUAGAAUUCAUUUCCUCGGACAAGUCUAGUUCGACUGUGAGCGAACUGCAGCGUAGGACCAAACACGCCUACAGGUCGGUGAUAGUUGGUUUAGUUAGGACAAAGCUGGCCUACAAGAAACUGAAGUAUUGGGUGGCUGCCUUGGAACGCCGAAAUGCCGCGUUGAGACAUGCAAAACUGAAAGAUCUUCUUCCAAAUCUGGUUUUGAACCCUAGCCCCAUGAAUGCCAGGGAUCUCCUUGCUUUUAUUCCAUGUCUACGGGAAAGUGGUGAACCUUCAUUGUAA